UUGGCAUCACUUUUGUCUGUUAGGCUCACGAACUCAUAAAUAUCUUCAAAGAUGUCAUCGAAAAGAAAAAUAACAGAGUUUGGAGCGAAACUGUUCAAUCGUCAGGUCUGGAUAUUCACCGAUACCUUAAGCUAAUUAAUAGAUCAAUAGAUAGAGACCAUCGAUCAGUCGAUAAUAAUCUUGACUUUGGAUCAAAACAAACCAAUUCCUCAUUUGAUGAUUUAGAAGAUUUAUCAAAACGUUUUGCUAAAAAAUUAGGUAUAAACAACUGGACAGAGUUGGCGGUGGAGUGCGGGGAACAGUACGCCCGACACUGUCUGGAGCUCAACACCAAAGCCCUGCGCUUUUUAGGCGGAACUCUCGUCGACUUUAUGGUCAACAUAGAGAGCAUUCACGACAUAACCGGCAAAGCAUACUGUGAUUCGCCCAACACUUUCUGGACGGGUAGUGACCCUAAUAUAGUGCCCAUUCGGGUGGCCGUCAACGACACCGAGACUCAGCUGACGGUCACUUACUUCACGCAACAGCCGGUGUCUGGGUUUGUGGCGCACGCUAUGUGCGGACUCUUCAACAACUUCUCCCGACUUAUGUUUAAUAUCAACCCAAAUGUCAGUCAACGCACCGGCAAUGGACAGUAUGUGUUCACAUUGAGUACAGACAUUACCGCCAAUCAUAUAAGUAAAUGCAAAUCCAAUUACGAUUUCUGUCGCCAUAAGAACUCGCUGUCCAACGAUCCCCACAAUCUCUGUAUGUCUGUCCGCACAUUCAGCCGCGCCUUUCCUUUUCAUUUCAUUUGCGACCCGAGUCUCAAAUUGGUACAAAUUGGCUCAGGACUCAUGAGAAUGUUUGGCGACCAGAGCAAGGCUAUAGGCGCUCACAUGUCUUACUAUUUCAAAAUCACUCAGCCGUCCGUUGAUUUAAAUUUUCCAUCCAUUAUCUACAGAAUAAAUCUCGUGUUUGGCCUACAAUUGUAUCAACACUUAUCUGAUCCCAAACUAGAGGGAAUGGAAUUAAAGGGGCAAAUGAUUCACUGCCCCGAAACACAUUGUCUGCUCUUUUUGGGCUCACCUAUCGUUAAAGGCCUACAAUCCAUGACCAGCAGAGGACUCUAUAUAUCCGAUAUACCCAUUCAUGACGCCACCCGAGACCUAAUACUGAUUGAAGAGCAGUCUCGACGACUCGCGUUCUUCUUGCACCUAGAGGACUUGGAGUAUAAGGGCCGUUUACACCCCAAAAAGCUGUGGUUGGGUGAGACGGUUAAGGCCCGCAAUUACGACCACAUGACCAUGCUCUUCUCGGACAUCGUCGGCUUUACGGCCAUUUGCUCGACGGCCACACCUAUUGUGGUCAUCAAUAUGUUGAACGCUCUCUACACUCAGUUUGAUACCGAAACCAUAGGCGAUGCCUAUUGUGACCGAAGACCUGAUGUAAAACUCUCGAGAAAGAUGAGAAUAGGACUCCACAGUGGAAACUGUUUAGCCGGUAUCGUAGGCGUAAAGAUGCCCAGGUACUGUCUGUUUGGAUCCAAUGUGACCCUGGCCAAUAAGUUUGAAUCGAGUAGCGAAGCCAUGCGAAUCAAUUUAAGUCCAACCACAUACAGAUUACUGAAAGAUAAGGGUUUUUAUUUUACGCAAAGACACAGCGAUUGUCUGCCAAAGGAGUGUCCGUCCCAUAUGGAAAGGAUUAGUUUCUUUUUGGACGACUAUAAGCACCCAUUCCUUCGCGAAGAGCUCUCACUAUCGAUGCAUAUAAACAAAGCACUUCAAGAUUUUCAUACCAUUUAAGACAUGAUAAUUCACGAUAUAAUCAAUUGGUUUUUUCUAUUAGAGC